AAACAACCCCCAUCGAUCGAUUCUCCGAGUUUCAAAACCACUUGCAUAUUGAAAUCCCAUAUAUCUCAACGAUGGCGUCUACGUUUGAUGUGGCUGCUGCUAGAGCGGCCUUCCCGGCUCUGAAAGGGCAGCAGAUUUACAUGGACAAUGCAGGAGGAAGUCAGGUCCUUGGCACAGUUGCGAACUCUAUUCACUCCUACUUGCUGAAUACCAAUGUCCAGCUUGGUGCCACCUACAAGACUUCUCAGAUUUCUACUGCAGCUUAUGAGAAUGGGUAUAAAGCUGCAGCAGGCUUUAUCAAUGCACAGCCAGGCGAGAUCAGCAUUGGAGUGUCAACCACUCAGCUGUUACACAAUCUCUCCACAGCUCUCCAAUUCCAGCCUGGCGAUGAGCUAAUCGUGUCCAAGCUCAACCACGAGGCCAACAGUGCACCUUGGGUCCGUAUCGCGGAGCGCCUCGGUUUGACUGUGAAGUGGUGGGCAUCGUCCAACCCGAAGAAUCCCACUUGCGACGUGGCCGAUUUAAAGACUCUCUUAUCAGACAAGACUAGACUGGUUGCCUGUCCCCAUACCUCCAAUAUCACAGGCACCAUCAGUCCCAUUCGGGAGAUUGCUGAUGCCGUUCAUGCUCACCCGAGAGCACUACUCUGCGUUGACGGUGUCGCUCUCGCGCCGCACCGCCAAGUCGACGUCCAAGCCCUCGGGGUGGAUUUCUACGCAUUCUCGUGGUACAAGGUAUACGGCCCCCACGUAGCGCAACUAUACGCCUCCUCGCGCAUCCAUGAUCAGAUCGACUCGCUGGCACACUUCUUCAAGCCCACCGACACGCUAGACCACAAGCUCAACUUGGCCUCGGCCAACUACGAAUCUGUCCAGAGUAUCCCGGCUGUCGUGGCGUUCUUCGGGGCGGACCCCAGCGCAACGUGGAAGGCCAUGGCUGCGCAUGAGGAGCGUCUACAGGAGAUCCUGCUACAGUUCCUGGCGGCACAUGACCGGAUCACGAUCAUCGGUGAGCCCUCGGCGAGUCAGGAGCUCCGGGUACCGGUGAUUAGUUUCGUGGUGCGAGACGUGAAGAGUCAGCGGCUGGUUGAGGCGGUUGAGUCGCGGUCUUGGUAUGGAUUCCGGAGUGGCCAUAUGUAUAGUCACCGGCUGUUGAAGGAUGUGUGUGGGUUGGAUGAUGUGGAUGAUGGAGUGGUUCGGGUGAGCUUGUUGCACUACAAUACGGAGGCGGAGGUGGCGGGGCUAGUGACCGUUCUCCAGGAGGCUCUGGCAGAGCCGUUGUAGAAUGAGGAUCAUGGGGUUCCAGGAUGGGGCCUUGAUACAGAAUGAGUCAUAUUUGAUGGCUAAGGAGUGAGGAUCUGAUGAUACGUACUUGGUUCUUUGAUAGCUCUUUCCAUGGUGUUCGGUGUACGGAGUACUUGUGCUCUGUAUGUGACCUCGUGACUUGAGGUGUGGGGGUCCGCCGAUGCCGGCCUGCUGCCGAUAUCCCGAUAUCGUCAUUUUCACUAUCCAAGGUCAUGGUUAAUCUCUCGAAGGUAUUUAUGUAGCUAGAUAGGAAAUCAUAUUGAUAGCUAACAGCACCAUCAUGUGUGGGCAAGAGCAAAUCAUACUUUCGGGAUUUCAUCUUAUUCUAAGGUUCUUGUCCUCAUCAUAAUAAGCUUCCUGCUCGUCAUGGAAUCCGAACGGGGCGUUUAGUGGAAUACGAGGUGAUUUCAGCUUGCUGUCAGUGCUCUCCCCUUUUCCAGCUGGUUGCUAAUAAUAAAAUAAUAAUCAUAACAGGGAUUUAGAUUAAUCAAAGUGUUCAUUUGUCAAAUAUUCUAAAGAGGGUAGUUAUAAGUAAGUCGAGAUAAGUGACGUUGUUGACUAGCAUCCUGUUAUUGUCCAACCUCCAGAUACAUGGUCUCUUUCCAUGGGCUAGGACUGUUUAGGAAGUUUAAAAUGGAG